AUGGGGAGCACGGGGGUGGGAUACCUGGCAGCAGUGGCCGUGCUUUGCGGGGCUCUCGGGGAUGCUCCCAGCAGAGGUAAGAAAAUUGGGGGAGUGCUUUCAGCACCCUCUGAAUUCUCCGUCCCAAACUUCCCAGGGCUAUAUCCCUAUGAGACGGAGUGCACGUGGCUCAUUGUGGUGGCCGAGGGCUCCUCUGUCCUGCUUUCCUUCAGCCACUUCGAGCUGGAGUACCACGACGCCUGUGCCUACGACUACCUCCAGGUCUACAACGGGGCUGCCCGGGACCGGGGCAACCUCCUGGGCACCUUCUGUGGCCACAGCCCUCCGCCACCCUUCUCCUCCGCCUGGCACGUCAUGGCUGUCGUCUUCCGCUCCGACCGACACGUGGCCAAGCACGGCGUCGCCGCUGCCUACUGGAAAGAUGCCUGUGGCGGGCAGCUGACGGGACUGUCUGGGGAGAUCACCAGCCCCCGCUACCCCGAGAGCUACCCCAAUGAUGCGGAGUGCCGCUGGAACAUUGGGGGGGCCAGUGGUGGUGGCCCCCUCACCCUGGUGUUUGCUGACUUCCAGAUGGAGGGGGGCCAGGGCUGCAGCUUUGACUACGUGGCCCUUUUCGACGGCCCCACUGUCACUGCCCCCCGCCUGGGACGCUACUGUGGCAGCACCCGCCCACCCCGCACUGUCUCCUCCACCCCACACCUCCUCAUCAUCUUCAAGUCAGACUUCAACAUCGGUGGCAGGGGCUUCAAGGCCCAUUUCUACUCAGGAGAGUGCCAGGAGGUGUUCACUGCCAUCAAAGGGAAUUUCUCUAGCCCACAGUACCCCAGCUUCUACCCCAACAACCUCAAGUGCCAGUGGAGCAUCCAUAUGCCCACGGGCUACCGGGUCAAGGUGUUCUUCCUGGACAUGGAGCUGGAGGGCCGGAGCAGCCUGACGGGUGGCUGUGACUAUGAUCACCUGUCUGCCUUUGAUGGUGGCACUGAGAACGGAUCCCUGCUGGGCCGGUGGUGUGGGGAGAGCCUGGCACCCGUCAUCUCCCGCAGCAACCAGCUGCUCCUGAUCCUCCACACCGACCGCAACACAGCCAGGAGGGGCUUCUCCAUCGCCUACGUGGGAGUUGUGCCCAUGAACAUCAGCUGCACCCGGACAGACUUCCACAUCCAGAUCCCUGUGCAGUCUCUGGCCCAGCUGGAGAGGAAUAGGAUUUAUUUGGGGACCCCCUCCUGUGCAGCCCGGGUGGUUGGAAGGAACUUCAAAAUACACACCAGGUUCGACACCUGCGGCACCGAAUCCCAGAGGCGCAACAACACGUCUGUCAUUGUCAGCACCCUCUACAUCGAUUUUUCAGUGGGUGACCAGGAGGACAUCCACCAGUACGAGGUGCAGUGUGAGCCAAAGAGGAAGGAAGCCUCGGUGACCCUCAUUGCUGGUCCUGACCCAUCCAGGCUCAGCCAGGCAGAAAACCUGGUGGAUGCCCAGCAGGGAGGGGAAGCAAUGGAUGCCCAUGAAAUCAAGAGCCAGGACACCAGUGACAUCAUCUUCAUCAGCAUCUGCAUCCUGGCCGGGCUCCUCAUGGUCAUCGCAGUGGUGGGGCUGGUGCUUCUGUAGGAUGCUGCUUUCCAGAUUUCCAGGGCUUGCAAUCCCAGUCCUGCCCAGGGCGAACACAUACCCCAAAAUUAGCCCUCAGGCCAGGCUGAGCACAAACACAGCUGCCCGAACAGAGUCACAGCUCGCAGGCCCCAAAACUCAGCCUGAACCCAACCUCCACCUCCUUCCAGUGUCUGAAAAAUCCAGGCAAUAGGCAGCCGUUUCCCUUCCCAAUUUG